AUUAUUUUAAAAUUGUUCACUUUUUAUUUUCAAUUUAAAUGAAUUAAAAUGGAUCAGAGUAAAAAUUUGCAUCGUGAUCUAUACUGCGUGUUAUUUCCUGGUAUUGUUAAAAAUGAUGAAAAAGCGAUCGAGUGUAUGGGUGGAUUGAAGGGAAUUUCACAGUGUUAUUCACAAUCUAAUAAGAAACGGCUUGGAAUGUCUUUUCAACCUGAAAAUCCAUUCAUAAGAAAAAUGUAUGCAGACUCAAAGCCAACUGCUGGUGUUCUAUUGAGUUUGAAGGUAAAGAAAACAAGAAAUGGCAAUGAAAUUAAGAGAGAAGUUAUAUCAACGUCAGUUGUGGGGUCUGUGAAAAAAAUCAAUAAGUUUGAAUCUAUGUGUGACUAUCAAUAUUUCCCAGUAACUACACCUGUCAUGAAAUCUAACACACCACAGUGUUUUUUAGAACAGAUAUUACCAAGUGGAGUAGAUCAAUUUCAUUUUAUAGAAGAGCCAGCACCAAUGUUUAUCACACCUUCAAGUUUCGCACGACUGGACAAACCAAUUAACUAUUUCUAUACAGAAAAGAGGUAUAUAAAGGCAUCACUCAAAGAUGAGUCUAUGAUGGUUGACGAUGAUGUUCACAAGUCUAGAGUUGACCGUGGGUUGCCGAUUGCUAGAUACACAUUCAAUUUGUCUGAAGAUUUGCCAUUGGAACCUCAUAAUUAUUAUUUGAAGAGGAAAGCUACUCGAGAGUCAAUAUAUCCACCAUUGAAAGAGGAAUUCGAAACUGUUAAAAAGCUUUUCGAUGAGAGACCAAUAUGGUCUUUGAACCUCAUAAAGUAUCACACAAAGAUAAAGAUAAACUCCCUCAAAGUGAUAGUGCCAUGUUUGGGGAUCUACAUGAAGGAGGGCCCAUGGAGAAUGAUGUGGGUAAAGUAUGGCUAUGAUCCCAGAAAAGAGCCCGGGGCAAGAAUAUAUCAAACGUUAGACUUCAGGAUGCGACAUGCAGCGGGAGUUCAUUCGAUGGUGAUGACUCGUGAUCAAGUGGUUCACUGCAAGAAAACUGAUCGCAUACGACAUUACAAAAAGUACGCCUCGGAGCCUCUCACAUCGGAGGACAUAGUGUACGAAGGCGCUGUAUACUUCCGCCCAGGAAUGGUCCCCUCACAGCGACAAGUUUAUUAUCAGUACUGCGACGUGGAGCUGCCGGAGGUGCAGGAGCUGCUGGCGCUGGAGCCCCCGCCCGGCUACCUGUGCCACGCGCGGCGCGGCUGGCUGCCCCCCGACACCGACCAGCUGUGCCGCGACCACAUCUUCCGCAGCGCCAAGCAGACGCUGCUCGACACUCACAGGGCCGACCUGAAAUUUGAGGAAGGCAGCUCCUCGGGUUCAACAUCGGAGUCGGAUGAAGAGGACGCGAGUGGUGCGAGUACUUCUGUCAAUGAAGUAGACGAAUCAAUGAAUACAUAAUAAUGAGCUAUUUAU